UGAACAACAACUGCGCGCUUAUGGAAUGGAGCGAUGAGGUCACUUCAUCAUUUUCAAUUCGAGACCAAGACACGAGACCGGGCUCGCGGACAGGACAAGGAGAGAGCUUUACCUUUUUUUUUUUUUUUUUUUUUUUUUGUAUGCAACAACCGUGACAAAGAGUAAGAACGGCUUAGAGGCUUCAAAAGAAAUGUUCCACCCGAGAUAAAUGCUGCGCCACUGUAUGUUAGAAGAGAUUAAUAGUCGGCUGUUUUAAUAAUACAAAGAUUUCCACAUGAAUACAACACUGCCAGACUGAACAUGAACAGAAUCAGGGCUCCAAUAUGCUGCACCAAGGCUCCCCACAGCCUCUUCUAUCCUGCUUGGAUACUGAGCUGUGCUUGUGUCCUGUUCUCAGUGACAACGCCUGCUCAGCUGCCUUCAGCUGGGACUUUCUAUCAAAUAGAAAUGACCAUUUGGAUGACCAGAGUGGAUGGUCAAGGGAAUAUUGAUUUAGAUGUAGUUGCAAGCCUUGUUAUUAAAUGGCUCUGUCAGAUUCUUCCCUAUGAGAUGUUUUUGCUGAACAUCAGUGUCUCUUUUCAACCUCCGAGCAGGAGGGCUGAUUCUGUUGGGGAAGGCACUGAAAUAGAUUGGAGGGAAGUUCAUGGCAGGUCAUCCCCAAUACAAUUCAGUUUGGGCUGUGGAGCUGAGCUGAUAGUGGACACUGAAGCUAAUGAAACUCAAACCCAGGAACAGAUCCUACAGCUUCUGGAGAGCCACAACUACACCGAAGGGAUCUACACUGUGGCAGCCAAGCCAGGCAGCAUCAGGAUCCAGCCUAUCGCCAAGAGGCAUAGAGGUGCCUCCACUACCGGGCAGGUAACUCCGGUAACAAUCUUCACCCUGCCUGUCACCACGGCCACCAGCACUGCAUGGCAGAUUAGUGCGGUCCCAGGCCCCCCUUGCCCUGUAACCACGGUAACGACAACCCGUGUGUCGACUGUUACGGAAACCACCACUCCAGGGAGGACGAGCUCUGCUACAGCUACCUCAAUGGCCUCAGUGUUUACAGCAGCAAAGCUGACCUCAGCAAAGACCUCAACGAUGACUUCAACCACAACCUCAGCCACGACCUCAACCACGACCUCAGCCAGGACCUCAACCAUGACCUCAGCCACGACUUCAGCCACGACCUCAACCACGACCUCAACCACAACCUCAACCACAAAAGCUGUGACUACGACUGCUCAGAAUACAAACAGUGCCACCACAGAACCGCCCCCACAGAAUUCGUCUCUGUUCCAGUCCACUCCCAGACCCACCCACACCAGCAUGGCCACACCCACAAUACCAGGCCCCAGCCCCACUCUUCAAGUUAAUUUCUAUAAAAUUGGAAUGAAUGUCCUGGUCAGCAAUGCAGUGACAGACCUUGCAUUUGUAACAGAGAAAAUUAUGAUCUGGCUCAGAUGGAUUUUGCCUGAGGAUAAGAUGACUGUGUCUCAUCUGAUUGUAUCCAACAAUUCAGUAAGUCGAAUGCCGUCUGGGUAUGGGACUGAUCCUGCCAGGAGGAGUCUCAGGGACCACAGAAGGAGAAAACAGACUCUGUCGACCACAGCCAGUUAUGGCUGUAAGAUUCUACUGCAGGUGACUUCAGAGGCCAACGAAGCCGAGACAAAGGAACUGAUCAAGAGGUUGCUGAUACAGAACAGCAACUACACAGAUGGGUCGAUUUCCGUGAGGGCUGAUCCCGCGACUAUCCACAUCCAGCUCAUUGACCCAGGUGCCUGCCCCGCUGAGGUGACACACUCAUUCUCCAAGGGGAACUACACCUGGCCCGAGAUCAAAGCGGGGCACACUGCCUCGCUGGGCUGCACGGGGAACCCCAAUCACUUUGCCAUGAGAAAAUGUGAUGUGAACAGGGAUACUGACCGAGCCAAGUGGGCCAAUCCGAUGCUGAAUUCCUGCCCCACAGUGUCCAGCCUCCUGGACAAUAUCGUAGAUCUGGCGAAAGUCGAUGUCACCACCGACAACGCCCUGGUGGUCGCUGAGCUGAUUAAGAACCUGACGAGCAACUCCCCUAAGAUGAACCGUCAGGAAGUGGAGAUCGUUGUCAGCAAGGUGGUGGAGGUCAUGAAGGUCGGGGAGGUCACUCCUUCCCUCGGACUGACCAUCGUCGACAUCGUCACAAACAUCAUGGAGACGGAGAGCAACCUGCAGCCUGUUGCCAACCAAAUCCUGGAGAUCACAGAGAGCAUUGGAAACACGAUGAGCUUCGACGGAGAGUCGGUCAGCAUCACGUCCCCCAUGCUGGCCCUGACGGUCUUAAACAUCAACUCCUCCCAAUUCGAUGGACUUGCCUUCGGAGUGACGUCCUUCAUCCAAGGCCACGACCUCCAGACUUUCAUCAAUCAGGACCCGUUUGAUGACACCGUGGCGUACAUUUCCCUGCCUCGCUCUCUGGAAAAACACCUUUUUCAAAAGCGCAACAGAACCAUGGCUCGGGUCCAGUUCACUUUCUACGGGAAAACUGUGCUCUUCCAGGACUCAAUACUGAGAGACAGAAUCCUGAACACGUACGUUGUUUCUGCCACUGUGACCAACGUCACCAUUCGUGAUCUGACAGACCCAGUAACCAUAACUCUCCAGCACUUAAAGCCUAAUCAGUACAAUGAAUCCGUGGAGUGUGUGUUUUGGGACUUGAAUGGGAACAAUGGGCUGGGAGGUUGGAGCUCCGAGGGCUGUCGAAUGAACAGCACCAGUCUGAACCACACCACCUGUCUGUGUGACCAUCUCACCCACUUCGGAGUGCUGAUGGACCUGUCCAGGACCCCAAUCAGUGCCCUGGAUGAUCGUAUCAUGACCAUGAUCACGUACGUUGGCUGUGGUCUGUCCUCCAUCUUCCUGACCGUCACCUUGCUGUCCUACAUAGCCUUCGAUAAGCUGCGUCAGGACUACCCCUCGAAGAUCCUGAUGAACCUGUCCGCCGCCCUGCUGCUGCUGAACCUGCUGUUCCUGAUCAACACCUGGCUGGCCUCCUUCGGUAACCACGGCCUGUGCAUCUGCCUGGCUGUCACCCUGCACUACUCCCUGCUGGCCUCCUUCACCUGGAUGCUGCUGGCAGCUGUGCACAUGUACUUCGCGCUCGUCAAGGUCUUCAACAUCUACGUGCACUCCUACAUCCUCAAGCUCUGCUCCAUUGGCUGGGGGGUUCCACUGGUAGUUGUCAGCAUUGUACUGGCGAUCAACAAAGACUUUUAUGGAAGUGGAGUGUCUGCUGAAUCUAUCGGCCCAGCCAAGACUCCAGAGGAUGUGUUCUGCUGGGUCCAGGACAACGUGGCCUUCUACGUGUCGGUGGUGGCCUACUUCCUGCUGAUCCUGGUGUGCAACCUGGCUGUGUUCAUUGUGGUGCUGGUCCAGAUCCACAGCCUGAAGGCCAGGAAUCCGGCAGGCAGCCAGAGCGGGCAUCUGUCCAACCUGAAGAGCGUGGUCAGCCUAACCUUCCUGCUGGGGCUCACCUGGGGCUUUGGCUGCUUCGCCUGGGGCCCUGCCAAGGUGCCAUUCCUCUACCUUUUCUCCAUCUGCAACUCCCUGCAAGGGUUCUUCAUCUUCGUGUUUCACUGCCUGCUGAAAGAGAACGUCCGUAAGCAGUGGAGGAUCCACCUGUGCUGUGGCAGAUUCAGGCUUAACGAAUACUCAGACUGGAGCAGGUCUGGUACAAAUGGCCGGUCCAGAGCGAAUCAAGCGGCCCGCAGCCCCUCAGUGAAAUCGGUCAAGUCUCACAAGUCCAACUCCACCAGCAGCACCUCCAAUGGGUCUGACUCCGGGAGGAAGCUCAUCUCUACCGUGGGAUCCCACCUAGAUCUGGUCUAUGAAAACCCUUUGGCAGCCUCUUCCACAAGCAGCAGCCCCUCAUUCCCCAGCGUGUUCAGAGUUCAGACGAAUGGGUUGGAAGUGCACUACCAGCAGCCCUCCUGGAAGAAGUGACCCCUCUCUCACCCUCUCCCUGUCAGGAACACUGGACCCAGGACCGCAGCGCCAGCCUUAAACUGUCCUUCAGUCUUAACAUUUCCACCACAGUACCACAAGGGGGUGCUGUCUGGACGUACAGCAGUGAGAAGAACCAUAGUUAGAAUAUAUAUAAUUACUGUAUGUAUUGGUAGAUAUACACCAUUCAGUCUCUUGGGGGUACACUCGCCCUGUUUAAGUGAAUGGCUCAUAUUCAGGUUGCCUAAUCUUCACAAAGCCAGCCUUGCAGAACCUGCCCUUUGUGGGUGCCAGUUUUAUUUUUUUAUUGGCACUAAUUAUUAUUAUUCCUGUUAUUGUUUAGUUAAAUUGUAUUUUAUGCUCUUAAUUUCAGAUGCUGUUUUAAUGCAUUGAUUUUUUUUUAUGUGACAAUACAUCCUUUUAAUUGCAUUCCCAGAUAUGGGGAAAAGAAAACGAUUGUUGAUUGUGUACAUAUGCACAAUCAACUAUGUAAUGGUCUAAUGUCAUUCUUGAAAUCAUGAACGAUUGUACACAUAAAUCCACAAAUAAACCCAGGAUGAGUAAUAGACACAUCCUUGUCAUAUUUGUAUACAUUGUAGUUUGCUGUAAUAGAAACAUUAUUAUAUAUUGUAUUGCUACAUUAGAUGCACACAUUGUGUAUGAUAAUCACAGGGUAAAGUGCAGUGCAUGCUUGUUUUGUGAAGACUGCUGUAUCAGAUAACAAACUUAUACUGCAAUUACAGCAUUUGCACACCUGUUGGCACUGUGUGUACGUUGAAAAAAAACAUAAACCACUUAAUAGAAAGAGGUAUAGCAACACUAAAAGUAGAUUUUUUGACUGCUGUUUUGACUAGU